UGUUUUGUUUUAUAUGCUUCGUGUAGAUGAAUGGACAGAUGUGGACAGGAAACGAGUUAUGAAUGACAUCAUCACCACCAUGUUCAACAAAAAAUUCAUGGAUGAGCUGUUCAAGCCUCAGGAUCUGUAUUCCAAGAAAGCCCUGCGCACCGUGUACGACCGGCUGGCUCACGCCUCCAUCAUGAGACUGAACCAGGCCAGCAUGGACAAGCUCUACGACCUCAUGACUAUGGCCUUCAAAUACCAAGUGCUCCUGUGCCCUCGGCCCAGGGACAUUCUGCUGGUCACGUUCAACCACCUGGAUGCCAUCAAGGAUUUCAUCUCCGACUCCCCUGGCAUUCUAAACCAGGUGGAUGAGACCUUCCGGCGGCUGAUUGAGACCUACAACUGUCUCUCUGAUGGUGAAUUCCAGCUCAUCAGGCAAACACUUCUCAUUUUCUUCCAAGAUAUGCACAUCAGGGUCUCCAUCUUCCUGAAGGAUAAAGUGCAAAAUUCAAACGGUCGCUUUGUGCUGCCAAUCUCAGGGCCUGUCCCGUGGGGCACAGAGGUGCCAGGGCUCAUCAGGAUGUUCAAUCACAAAGGAGUGGAAGUUAGAAGGACUGAGUUCACCACUGCUGGGAAUUAUGUUACUCCACAAAGGGAAGGAUCUUUUGAGCUUUAUGGAGACAGAGUCCUCAAACUUGGAACAAAUAUGUACAGCGUGACCCGGCCAGUGGAGACACACAUGUCAGGAUCAUCCAAAAACCUGGCAUCCCAGGCAAAGGAGAACAUAGCCCCCAACCCUCUUGCUAAAGAAGAGCUGAACUUUCUGGCCCGGUUGCUGGGAGGUUUGGACAUCCAGAAACCCACUGGUGGAGAGACAGGAUUUCGGCUGAACUUGUUCACAACCGAUGAGGAGGAAGAACACGCUGCACAGACCAGACCAGAGGAGUUGUCUUACAAGGUUAUCAACAUUGAAGCCACACAGGUACGCAACAUGUUUCACAUCGCUGGUUCUCACCAUCCCAGCCUUGCUAAGGACCAUAUUUCACACAGAGUAGGGACUUGAAAAGACAUUUUUUCCCAUUUCACUUAAGCUUGUAACUAAGCAAUGGCCAAUUUUUUGUCGGGACAGUGGAAAUGGUGAAUAUUCACUAAGAAAAUUUGAA